GCGGGCCCGGAGGGCGACAACGGGUCUCGUGGUACGCGGGCCGGCAGGAGUUAUAAGGUGCGCCUGCGCAGCCGCAGGACUAGUGCUUGUCCAACCAACACAUAGAAAACAUGAAGGCUGCUCUGUGCGUUCUCCUGCUGGUGGUGGCCCUUGCCGCGGGCGCAGAAGAGAAGAAGAACGAGAAGAGAGGCUUGCUAGGCCUCGGCUACGGGCUCGGCGGCGGCUUCGGGCACGGUUACUACGGCCACGGGCUCGGCCUGUACUCUCACAGCGCGCCCAUCAUCAGCCAUAGCGCGCCCAUCAUCAGCAGCUACGACUUCGGCCACGGCUACGGCCUGGGACAUGGCUACGGCCUGGGCCAUGGCUACGGCUUAGGCCACGGCUACGGGCUGGGCCACGGCGUGGUGGCGGCCGCCCCCAUCGUGUCGCACGGGUACUCGGCCGGGCUGGUCGGCGGGCACUACUCCGCGCCGCUGCUCGGCCUGGGCCACGGCUGGCAUUGAGCCCUAACAUAAGUCUUAUUUGUGGAUGUGUUUGUUUAGUGCCAAAUUAAUAAGUUCUACUCGAUUGGUGUUUCUUUAAUAAAAUAUUUUUUAUGUAAAUAA